CUCUGCUGGCCCCCGCCUGGAGCCCUGCAGCCCUCGGCCCUCGAGGGCUGCCCCGCUCCCGCGCGCGCCGCGCGUGCCCCCGCCUCCGUCCUCGAGGCCGCCGGGGGCGGCCGGAGAGGCCGGGGAGACGCCUGCAAUAGGCGUCUAGCGCCGCGCUGCCCUCCUCGCGCGCAGGGGCCCCGCGCGCGCGCUCGCCCUUCGGGGGCGGCGUGGGCUUCUCGCUGUAAUUCGACGCGCUAUCCAUCUUCUCGCGCCGCCGCGCGGCGCGCACGAUGUCCAGCCCGCCGAGGCCCGCGCGCGCACUGCCGGCGCUUUUCCACCCGCCGCCGGGUCGGCGCGGGGGCCGGGCGUGGCCGAGGUGCGGAGGCUGGGGCGCGAGAGCCCCGGGCGCCCCUCCGGGCUCGGGCGUGCGCGCCCCGUCGCCUCGGGGCGUGGGAGCCCUGGAUCCUCAGGGCUGGGGGGAGGCAGGCCCAGAGAUCCAAGGCGGGUGCUGGACGUGGCGAGGCGUCGUGGGCAGGCGUGCAGUUGCCAUACCUGCGUUUGUUUGGCCAUAUUCUCUUGCCAUCCUGGCAGAGAUGGACGGCAUUUUGAGGGCGCUGUGCUGCUUGCUUGUCAGGUAGAUCCAGAAGGAAUACUGACACAGGUCCCAGCGACAACGCCGCAGUCGGUCUUCCGCUGUGCUGCUUGCUUGUCAAGUAGAUUUUCGUGUUGUGUCGAGUUUCUUGGUUUGGCCGGUUGGGCCUACCAUGUUACGCGCACCGUUGCCGCCUUUUCCCGCUUCCUUGGGUUCGCUGCGCUUCGUGGCCAAGCCAAGCAUUGUACGACGGUUGGACGUGGAUGCGGAAUUCCCUCCAGAUGAGGACAAAAGAUCAGUUCACAUUCCAGGUCCCGCCAGUAGGGUUGAAAUGGUGGCGGCACGAGUGGUUCAGGAGC